AUGGAUUGCGUGCUGCUGGAGACUGUUAUUUUUGAUCUUGAUAAUGAUAUUAUUGGUGUCGAAGAGAAUCCUGAAAUCGAAGAGGUUAUUGAGAUUGAGGCGGGUGAUACGGAGCUGGACAUCACCGAGUUCAAUUUCAAUUUACCCGAUGGGUCUGAAUUGGAAUCCGAAGCUGAAGACGAAAAUCUCUACCAGCUACAGGAUACUGACGGUGAAUUUAGUUCAGAGGAUGAAAUACCAUUGGCCCAAUUACUGCGGCGUAAAAAUUCAAAAUCUAAAAAGGCCAUUGACAAUAAAAGGAAAUGGGUAAAUUCUGACAGUAUGUAUGGCCCUGGUACUUUACCACCAUUCCUCGGUUUGGAAGGAGGAAAAACUCAAAAUUCUAUGCCUGUAAACAGGUAUGAAUCGAUUCUGAGACAUCUACAUUUUACAAAUAACCUGGAUCUAGAUACUAAUUCCACCGAUAAACUCAAGAAACUCAGGCCAUUUCUCGAUAAACUUCAAAAGAACUUUUUGAGUGCCACUGAACCAGAAGAAUACCAGGCAAUAGACGAACAGAUUGUUCCGCUAAAGGGGCGGUUGAGCAUAAAACAGUAUCUUCCGAAGAAACCUAAGAAAUGGGGCGUGAAACUUUGGGUUAGAGCGGGUGUAAGUGGAUAUAUGUAUCGUUUCGAAGUAUACCAAGGAGCGGGAGGAGGACGAGAGGCAAUUAGCGAUUUUGGUGCUUGCGGAGAUGUUAUUCGCCGUCUCAGCGAUGACAUCCAACACAAAAAUCACAAGUUGUUUUUCGAUCAUUUGUUCUGUUCUGUGCCACUGUUGCAAGAGCUGAAACAGCGAAAAAUAUGGGCUACUGCGACGGCACCUGUUUUGCAAGAAGACGAGAAAAAGAAUGAAAGUAACUCUCCGAAAGAUACAAGCGAAUUUUCAACACCUGGGGAAGUCUCGACGGAAGAACUCUCAAGCUAG